AUGUUCACUUCAACUACCUCGCAUUUCCAGCGGUGGUGGGAGCACAUCCAAAGACGCCGCACCAAUUCCGAGUCCUGUGUUGGCGUAGCCACGCCCUUCAUCCCUGUGGUCAAGAUGUUCUUCCAUCCCCGGCGCAAAGUGCGUCUCAUCUACGCGGUGUGCUGCAUUCUGAUGCUCAUCUGCAUCAUCUGUAUGUUCACCAUAACCAUUACCAAUUACCUCUCCCACAAAACCGUCUUCCGAGUCGAUCAAAUUGGUCUCACUGAGGGCAUCCAACCACCUUCCAUCACCAUCUGCCUAAAUGAGCACAGAACGGAUCAGGUCCUCGCCAGACGCCUGAGCAUUCCGCCACUAGUGAAUUGGAGUAUCCUCAAGGGAGUUGAUCUGCCUUGUCAGGCCAAAGGUGAGAUGACGUGGAGCUCGCGGCUCCACUCCGUCUCCACCUACAUUAUCGGAGCGGCAAACUUCAAUGUAACCUUUGACACCUCGCCUCCUGGCUCCCUCUCCCUCUCUGUCACCGAACAAGUGCCUAUUCCACCCGAUGAAGUCUGCACCACAUUCAAACUCAACCACUCCUGUCUCCACAGAAAUGAGUUCUGGAAAAUAUUGACAGUGAGAAUUAAGCUGGAGGACGCGGGUCGCCAGAUGUCCGGUCGUCCCAAGGUGAUAGCUCAUGAGGCCAAGGGAUUUCCGUUAGACAAUUAUGGCCGCUACCUCUACGAUCACAUUGUGCCCGGUACACAGGUACACACCUUCUAUUCCAAAAACCUCCAACACAGUUACACCAAUCGCAACCGACGCUGCCAAGUCGGCCCAAUAGAGGUGCUGGGUCAGACAUACGACUACGAUCAAGCUGCUUGCCAGUGGAAAAAGACGUGUGAAUACCUUCACAAUGAGUGCCAUUGCUACUGUCCGUUGGAAAUACUACGGGCAUGGGGUCGAAGAAAUAAAAACGGGCCGAAGGACUUCCGGACAUUCUAUCCGGAAAUAGAAGAGCAUUGCGUCCACAGCUGUUUCUACGAGCAGCAGAUAAUGCUGGUGGAUACAAACGUCUGCCCCUACGCCUGUAACACAGCGACGUAUCAGAAGCAUAAUGAGGUGCGCUUUUCUAACGCCACCAGUCUAGACAGUAUCGAAGUGAACUUCGUACAGGAUGAUGCCAUUACCCAGAAGACAGAGGAAGAGCUGUUCGGGCUGGCAAAGCUCUUCUCCGAGGUUGGUGGGUUGAGUUCAUUUUUCUUCGGUUUCUCUUGCCUCGUGAUAUUUGAACUCCUUGAGUCGUGCGGCCGUUUCUGGAAUAUGUGGGUGCGACGACGAUUCAAGCAACGGCGUAAAAAAAGAAAGUUAUGCCGACUCACCAAGUCUCUGGCAUUUUGUCGUGGCGCUGCCUAUGCACCUCACUGCCUACCCUCUACGGAGGAUAGCCCAAUCUUCCUUUGUAAAAAAGUCCACCAGAUGAGUCCUUCCACCAGUGCGUUGCCUUCCGCCGAUUGUGAUCUCGACGUGUGGAUGGAUAUUGAUGGAACUGUGAGCCCCGUGUCUAUCGAAUGA